AUGGAUACUGAGAUUAAUCCGGCUUCUCUCUUCCGCCCAGUGAAGAAGAGAAAGUUCCUGCGACGACGACUGGGGGACAGCGUAGAGAAUGCGCAAGGAACCACCGCGGAGGACUUUGGCCAGCCAUCAGACGGACUAUCAUCUCUGCCUCAGUCGGACGGGUUGGAUACGAGCCAUAGUUUAGAUGCUGCUCGCCUUCGGCGGUUACAACGGGCUCGCAAAGGGGGAAUUGAAUUCUCAACCGCCUCGCGGACAACGUCGAACGGCGAUAAUCAAAAAAAUAUGACAUGCACGACGACCGAGAGUAUGGAGAGUGAGAGAUUGCAAGCGAUGUGUGAUCGGUUCACAGCGCAUACAGGGCAGACGGUGGACGUUGACAAGCAUAUGUACGAACGUACCCUUCCUAUUUCAUCUGCCCAUGAUUAUUACCGGUUUGCAAUGUUGGCUAACGAGAUAAGGAUGGCUUAUAUAGAAUCCGAAAUGGCCAAGCGUUAUCGAGGCAGCGCGUCAGCUGAGGAUGUUCGCGACAGCUCGGCCUCGACAACCACAGCGACAGCUGCCCCGUCGAUGGCUGACCUACCACAACGUGAACCGGCCUCGCUGGGAAAACUACACGAAAUUGACCUUGGCCAGGAGACUAAAUUGCAAAACAUCGCUCGGACUGAAGCGGCUACCAGAAAGCUCGCUGGAAACGAUAAUGACCUGGCGCUUGCGACAGAGACCGGCUCCAAGGUGACGCCUUUAGGGAAGGAGCAGAGACCGUGGCGCAACCGGAAACGACGAACCAGCGAGGACGUUGAACGAGAUCGACUGGUGGAAGAAAUUCUACGAGAGAGUAAAUUGGACGUCUAUGAUGGCCAAUUAGAGGGCGAGGAAGAUGGUGCAGGGGACGCAGAUGGCCAAGCCGCCGACGACAGGGUGGCAGAGCAAUUUCGAAAAGAUUUCCUCGAUGCCAUUCAGUCCCGUCGUCGGGUGGCGCGAGCAAGAAAUACGAAAUCUACCAAGACCGAAGCUCCCCGAGGGCCGAAGUUAGGGGGCAGUCGAAGUGCUCGAGCUGCUAUGCGUGAGAUGCAGGAGAAAUCAGGACGGAAAUGA